AUAUCGAAUUGAGAGUUAUGGCAUUUAAGUAGUUUUUUUCUCUUUCUUUUAAAUAAAAGUAUAAAUAGUAAAUAAAUUGAAAUGAUAUUAGCACGCGUUGCUUUGGAAGCGGCGCUCGUUCGAAGUCUGCGCGCCAUACCCAAAACACAGACAUAUAAGUUGCCAAACAACUGGAGUCCGGGACAAGUACAGUGGCUGCAAAUAAACAAACGCCUGGCGUCGAGCAUAAUAAAGGAGACAACAGAAGGAGCAGGCGCUGAAUCGGCAGCGAAGAACCUCAAGAGUCGUGUGGCAGGCGGGGUGAAGACACUGCCACAGGUGGAUGAGCCGCUAGAGACGGCGAUGUCACCAAGUCGCACGCGUGCGUUGCGCAAGAAGCGUCUGGCAAUCGAUGAAUUGUCCGCAUUGGGAUUCCUCAAUACACGCGGCUAUACGACAGCCGAUGAAUACAAUCUGGAGGAGUUGCAUGCGGCCCUCAAGCAACAGAAUUUGUAUGAAACGAAACGUUUCUUCUCCACCGACAAUCUUGGGGUGGAACAGAAUGUUCUCUUUGUGACGGCCAAAUAUCCGACGGGAGAGCAGCCCCGAGAGAUAUUCUUCUUUCGGGAGGGAUCCGUUGUGUUCUGGAACUGCAAUGACAUCGAAACGAACAAUGUGCUCAACUUUCUGCGUAACUUUGAGCGGGAAUCGUAUGUGAGUGCCUUGGUACACGGCGAGAGUGAGAUGAUGCCCUACACGUACAUUUCAUCCACGGCUGUGGAUGUCGAGGGGGAUCUCGUGGCGGACAGCAGUGAUCUGAAUGUGGCAUCGCGUGCCUUCUUCCAGAACGGCAAGUUCUAUGUGACGCCGGAUAGCGAUAAUUUCCUGUAUAAAUACACAUUCUCCAAUGCCAUCGCACAGUCCAUCAAACUGGGCAUAUGGGAGGCGACCUUGGAUCGUUAUAUUGAUUCCAUGGAGUAUCUCACAGAGGAUUUGAAGCGUGGACGACGUCUACGCAUCUCGCGUGCUGCGAUGCUUAGGAAAACGGGUGAAUUGUUUGCCUUGCGGCAUUCGAUUAACUUGUCAUCGGAUCUACUGGAUGCCCCGGACUUUUACUGGGACCGUGAGGAGCUCGAGGGUCUCUAUCUGCAGGUGUGCUCUUAUUUCAGCAUCUCACGUCGCACCAAAGUGAUGAACGAGAAGAUUAAUCAUUGUGUGGAGCUCGCCGAACUUGUCUCUCACAAUCUAAACGAUGCCCAUCACAUUCGCCUCGAAUGGAUGAUCAUUAUACUGAUUAUGGUUGAGGUGGGCUUCGAGAUUUUGCAUUUCGCCGAGGGUGCAUUGCAUCAUGGCGAUCAGGUCAUUCAUUCAGCCAAUCCUUAUCCAAUUUCCGAAAAUAGUGCCUAAGCUGUACAUACACACAUGUUUUUUAUUUGCAGUAUGCCAAUCGUUUUCACAAUAUAAUUAACAUUUUUAUUAUUGUUAA